UGACGUUUGUUGCGUAUGCGAUUAUUUGCCACAGUCUAAACAAACCGUUCAAAUACAAAACAUUUUGUAUCGCGCUUAGAAAAGACCGGUUUGACGGUAAUAACGGUAUCGAUGGUGGCUAAAGUUUAAAUUACUGAGAGAGCUACCAAACAAACGUCUGUUCGUUACUUUUGCUGCCACCGUGACAGCGCUAUUCAUCCGUCUUUACUUGCGGCGGCCUGUGUGUGUGUCGUCUUUUUAGCCAGCAGUCAUGGAUAUUGGUCCGUUUGAAGCAGACAACUCCGUCAGCUGUCGCCUGGCUUCUCAGAUCCCUGAUGUCUGCAGGGUGGAGGACUGCUGUUUGGGCAUUGACGAGGCGGGCAGGGGGCCUGUGCUUGGCCCCAUGGUCUAUGGAAUCUGUUUCUGUCCACUUUCCAAAACGAAUGCACUGAAGGAAUUGAAAGUGGCAGAUUCAAAGACUCUAUCAGAGGUAGAAAGAGAAAACCUUUUCCAAAAACUGGAUGAAGCCAAAGGUUAUGUGGGCUGGGCACUGCAGAUUCUUUCACCCAACACCAUCUCCACCAGCAUGUUACAGAGGACAAAAUACAACCUGAACGCUCUGUCACAUGAUACAGCGAUUGGUCUGGUGCAGUAUGCCUUGGACAGCGGAGUACAACUCAAAGAGAUUUUUGUAGACACUGUUGGCCCAGCAGAGAAGUAUGAACAAAAACUCUCCCAGCGAUUCCCGGGUAUCAAUGUGACAGUGAGGCCAAAAGCAGACUCCCUCUUUCCCGUUGUCAGUGCAGCCAGUAUUUGUGCGAAGGUUUGCAGGGAUCGCAUUGUAAAAGGCUGGAACUUCUCUGAGGACCUGGGAGAAGUGGAUACAGAUUAUGGCUCAGGAUACCCAAAUGACCCCAAGACUAAAGCGUGGCUGCUGAAGUACCUGGACCCAGUGUUUGGUUACUCUCAGUUUGUCCGCUUCAGCUGGAGCACUGCACAAACGCUGAUGGACAGCAAGGCAGUGGCUGUGCACUGGGAUGAUGACGAAGAAGAUGGGGAAAAGGCAGCACACCGGCAAAACAACAAGUCAAUGUUAUCCUACUUCAGUGCUUCAGCCGGAGGUAAUGAUGAGAACCCAGCCCACCAGACACAUCGGUUCUUCACUGAGCGGAGGCUGAGAAGCCUUAAAACACUGUGAAGAACAACUGGAAACACUUUUUGUGUUUGGGCAUAAUAAUGGAUGGACUUUGACAUUGCAGAUGUGAUUCAUCACAUGAUUACAAUUUUUGCAGUCUAUUACUGUUUCUACCUGUUUUUAAAGUUAUGUUUAAUACACACUGACCAUUUGUUUUAAUUUACACCAUAUUUUGCAAAAAAACAAGUCACCUUGGAUGCAAUGAUGUAAUUAAUGGCAAGGCCGCCUCCUGGAGGCAACACAACAUAAAGGAGCAUCUCAGUUUCCCUGUUAUUGGUCUUUUACAAUGAGUUGACCAAUUGCACAAUAAAAUCUCUUCACAUUGUUUCAAGAGAAAUUGUACCAAAUUCAUAGUGUAUACUUGCAUACAAAUUUUUCUUUGAUGAACUUGUUUUACUGCCAACAUAAAAGUCUUUCUUAUAUAGUGUGAAUAGUACACAAACACCAAUAUUACGGAUGAAAACUGUCUUGUUUGGGUAUAAUUUAAAUUUUUUACAGUGGGUAUAAUUCAGGUCUCAGGGGUGUUACGUUAAAGUAUUUGUCAUAAGCACAGGCAUAUACCAGCCCAAUGCUGACCUGGUCAAUAGUUAGUUAGAGUCCAAUAGGAAAUACAAUUUUGAAUGGGCUCCCUAUGAUGUUAAAGUUCCUGUACCAAUACCACAGCAACGCACUUUGUGCUCUGUCCUUUUUCUCAUUUUUUAAAGAAGCAUUAAGCUCAUGGACAAACGUUGCCUUAAGAUAUGUUACAUAAUUUAUUCAAAUCAAAAACUAAGAGCCUAAAAAGAAACAUGCAUGCUUUUUAUUACUUCAGAAUUUACAGUGUUUGAUUUCCAUUUAUACUGUAGCUUAAUCUGGUACGACCUAUUAGCAAUACAGAAAGCCUUUCUUGAGAGAGGCCUAUUAUGCUCAUGUAUAAAACAGUAGUAACAUAGUGUCUUAUUUUCUUCAUAUUUACGACUUAAAAUGCUCUCUGCAAGUAUGAGGUAAUAACAGGAUGAGGUUUGAUGGUAUUACUGCAUAUUAUUUCCUUCUACAAACACCGCAGUCUGUUUUGACCCAACCAAGCAUGUUUGGUGUCGCAUAGAUCGAUUUCAAGGUAGAGAUCACUGCAGUCGUUGCUCUUUUUCUGUUCUUGUUGUCUUUUCACAGAGUUUGAUCCUCUUCUGAAACUUUUUACCAUCCACGAGCAAGAGCAAUAGCUGUCACCCAUGCCAUAACA